AUGCGAAAAUUCCUUGCGCCAAAGAAAACGCUAACGAAAUGCGGACUGGACCUUCCAGUAAGAUUGCGCGCCAGCGGCGGCGGCUGCGCAAAAAAGACAAUGGAUCGGUAUGAGAGAAAUCUUCCGGAUUUCUGGACGAAGGGCAAAAAGCCUGCUCUUCUAAGCCGACGUCAUUCUGGAUUCGCUGAAAAGAACCCUGGAGAAGGCACGGAGCAUGGGAAAUGA